AUGGCCACGGAUGAGGCCAUGAGUGGAUCCACGUUUUCACACUACGGCGAUCAAACCCAAAUCCAGAUCGGAUUCUGGGGUCCUUCCAUGGAGGUUACGAUGUACGGUACGCCGUGUGUGGCCAUUUUGGGUUUCGUCUGUAUGUUGCUGCUUUUUCACAAGAAACUUCUCAUCGAGUAUCAGAACACGAUCACGUUCAUUUGUUUCGGGUGUUUCUUCACGGCCACUCCGAUCGUUUGGUACAAUGUGAUGAUUUUUAUCGGAAUGGAGAUCACUAAUGGGAAAUUCUAUUUCACACUCUUUUCAUGCACUUUUUUCAAAAUCUCCACGUUGUCGCUAUGGUUUUGCUCGUUUGUUGUACCAAGUGUUGUGGCUUUCAAUCGUUAUUUGUUAAUCAUUCACGGGAAAAACACGUCGAUUUGGUUCUCGUUGCGAGUGCUUUUACUCGUCUACGCUCCAAUGUUCUGCGUCGACGUGUUGGCUUUCAUCAUCGGCAGCCCAUCGGACAAUGACACUUGCGUGAAAUUGUUGUACGUGAAUAUCUCGCCGGUGCCUGAGCUCUACACCCUAUACAUCUUUCUCGUCAGCGCUGGAGGGGUGAUUCUCGGAAAAUUGACGUUGAUUCAAGUGAAACGGCAGAUCAUCUCACACGGCGCCAAAAUCAACGACCGUCAACUGGCAAACGUGAUCUACGUGCAGACGUGGAUACCCUUUUUGGCCACGACUUUCUUCGUCAUCUCGAAUCUCGGAAUGAUCACGAAUAUGUACUCGGUGCCGAUUUGGUUCUCGAGGCCGGCAAAUAUCUACGCUGUGAUCGGGACCACGCUUUUCAUCCCGUUGAUCGCUUUGGGAAUGGCCAGCAAGAUCCGCAGCGCCGCGUUCGCGUUACUACCCAAAUCGUUGCUCCGUUCAGCGGACACCUAUGCAACGGCACAAAAAGCUUCACAGGAGAAGAUCACCGUCACGAUUCAUACUACGAAAGCCUCGGCAAACCUAAAUUCGGUUGUUCACGUUUCU